UCUAGGUCAACUGCGGUCAAUCGUGUUUGUGAAUUAUAUUAAACCCAUAUACACAUAUUUAAAAGUAACUCUUAAUAUAAAAGCAAACAUAAGUAGCCGUGUGGUAAAAGAAGUUGUUCGAAACUGGAGCAUUAAACCAAUGACGUCGUUCCUGUAUUUCGCGUACGGAAGUAACUUGCUACGGCAGAGGUUACAAGUAGAAAAUCCGAGUGCCCGCUUUGUAAGCUCUGCGAAACUGGAGGGGUAUCGACUGGGGUUCACGAGUCUGGGGAUGGAUCCCAUGAAGCUACGGUGGAGGGGCGGGGCUGCCACCAUCCUGGAUGACCCCGGUCAUGUGGUAUGGGGCUGCGUGUGGCGGGUGAGCACAGAGCACCGCGACUCGCUCGACAGACAGGAGCUGAUCUACAACCCUAUUGAGGUGAAGGUGACAGACGGUGACAACGCUGUGUACACGUGUCGCACGUACCAACUUCCAGCCGAGUACCUAGUCACUUCCUGUUAUGACAACCGUCCCUCGCCCAUGUACAUGGACGUCAUCGUGAGAGGCGCUCUCCAAAACGCUCUUCCUGCCGAGUAUGUGGACGAUUUGCGGGCGGUGGAACAUAAUGGACAUUAUGAGGAUAUCGACUUACACAAGAACAUACUCAAAAUAUUAGAAAAGGAAAAAUGAUACUGUUAGAAAAAGUCGCCAGGUCUUAGUAAUACCAAUUAACUAUGUCUUGUGUGUCAAGUGUAAAUAUCUUAGCUUAGAAUAGGUAGCGACUUAGGCGCACUUAUGAAUCACACAUUCUUUUUUUUCGAAAAGGUAAACGCUUAAAAGCAUUCAGCUACUUCAUGUGUAAGUGUUCAAAACUGGAUUUGGCAAAAUUAUGCCCGAUUUCUUUGAUUAUUUUUGCACGUGUCUACGCUAAAAUGGUCGUAGCCGGAGCGACAAUGGACGAAGCAGUGACCACGAGCGUUCCAAUGGAACUGGUAUUGAAUAAACAUGUCUUGUA